UCAUCGUGUGAAUUUACCAAAUCGGAUAUUGUUCUUGGUGUAGCAGAUCCUAAACUUGGAGCUAAUAUCACUGAAACUUUGGGUAUCAAGUGCGACCAUGUCAAUAUUGUUCCUGAAAUCACGAGGGGAAUAAGAUUCCACUUUCAUAAUUUAGUGAAAGGUUUACUUCCGAGUUUUACUUCUGAGAACUCUAUACGUUCACAACUAGGUCUUGGGCACAGUUACUCGAGAGCAAAAGUUAAGUUCAAUGUAAACCGAGUAGACAACAUGAUCAUCCAAAGUAUAGCCUUACUUGAUCAACUGGACAAGGAUAUCAACACAUUUAGCAUGCGUAUGCGAGAAUGGUACAGUUAUCACUAUCCAGAACUUGCAAAAAUAGUUCCAGAGAAUUAUACAUACGCGAGAGUUGCACAAAUAAUAAAAGACAGAAAGCAACUAACGGAUGAAAAGAUAAAAAUGUUAGAAGAAGUUGUUAUGGACAGUUCAAGAACAGAAGCUAUUAUUAACGCGGCCAAGUCGUCCAUGGGAAUGGACAUAAGUCCAGUUGAUUUAAUGAACGUUGAGAUUUUUGCUGGACGUGUUGUUGCAUUGGUCGAAUAUAGGAAAAAGAUGGCUGAUUAUUUAACGCGAAAAAUGGCAGGAGUAGCACCGAAUUUAGCUACUUUAAUCGGAGAUCAAGUCGGCGCCAGAUUAAUAGCACAUGCUGGAUCGCUUACUAAUUUAGCAAAAGCACCAGCGUCUACCGUUCAAAUAUUGGGAGCCGAAAAAGCUUUGUUCAGAGCAUUGAAAAGCCGUGGAAAGUCGAAUACUCCAAAAUAUGGAUUAUUGUUCCACUCUACAUUUAUCGGUCGUGCCGGCACUAGAAAUAAGGGUAGAAUUGCAAGAUACCUGGCAAAUAAAUGUUCUAUUGCUUCUAGAAUCGAUUGUUUCGCGGAAAUACCAACGAAGAUAUUUGGUGAAAAAUUACGGCAACAGGUAGAAGACAGACUAGACUUCUUCACAACUGGCAAGGAACCGAAGAAAAAUCUGGACGUGAUGAAAGAAGCACUGGAGGAAACGGCACAUGUGUUGGCAGCUCAAGAAAAAGAAGCUGAAAAGAAAAAGAAACAUAAAAAAAGAAAAUGUGAGAUUCUCGAAAAUGGUCAAGAGAAUGGUCAUAUCGAAAACGGUGAAGUGGACACGUCAUUGCAGAAAAAGAAAAAAAAGAAAAAAUCGAAACAGACUGAUGAAUAAAGAAAGAUCGCCUUCUAUUCAUAUAUACGACAUCGUUUUUUGUAUGGGAGAGACGUAUACAAAGGAAAUCUUACACGUAAAACCGGAAUUGUGUGCAGUGAACUUAAUUACUAGAGAUAAUGGAU